AUGGCUACAUUCGUUUCAUUUUUUGUCACUCUUUUAUGUCUGAGUAUUGUGGAAGCAGGUCAUAUCUAUCAUCAUCCCCACAGACUUAUUCAACGUCAAGAGUCGACUCCAGGAGCACCAACGCAGCCAGGAAUCACUCCAAAAUGUAACAAGUUCUAUACAAUUAUUUCCGGAGACAGUUGUAAUUCAGUCGAGACCACGUUCGAAAUCACCCAUGAGGACUUUAUUGCAUGGAACCCGGACGUGUCAUCGGACUGCAUAUCGAACUUCUGGCCCGAUUAUUCUUACUGCGUUGGUAUCGCCACUCCAGACGCGCCAACACUUCCAGGAACCUCUCCGAACUGUAACAAGUAUCAUACAAUUGUUGACGGAGAUACUUGUUCUACAGUCGAGGAGGCGUACGGGAUCACCCACGAGCAGUUCAUCGAAUGGAAUACCGAUGUAUCAUCCGACUGCGUAACGAACUUUUGGCUCGAUAAUGCCUACUGCGUUGGUGUCGGGGCUUCCCCUUCAGCCGCCCCCUCUACUUCUAUUCCAGUCACUUUUCCAAGCUCGUCUAGCAUUCCCAUUACGUCCGCGCCCGUCAAUUCGACGUACUCGACGCGAUACCCGGUUACGUCAAUAAAUAUCUCCUCGACAACGGUGGAUGAGACAUGGCCUCCAGCGAAGACGCAGGCGGGCCAACCUGCCUCCUGCAACAGGUGGCAUUUGGUACUGGCGGCCGAUACCUGCGAAACCAUUUACAGGAUGUAUUCUUCUACUCUCAAUAAGAAGCAACUGCUUGAAUGGAAUCCGGCCCUGAGUGCCGACUGUUCGGGCUUAUACUAUCAGUGGUGGGUAUGCGUUGGGAUUCAGGUCCAAACAACACCAGCUCUCUCGUUCCCUCCAGUGACAUCGGGGUCUGAUGCUCCGCCGGAACCCACUGAAUACACGCCAACAUUAGUGCCGACAAUCGAUUCGAGCUUUAUUCCGUCUCCUACACAGCCUGGCACCGCGCCUGAAUGUGACGGGUGGUAUAAAACAUCAACAAAUGAUACCUGCUAUGACCUCCUGCAGAACUUCGGAUACGUUUCGAUGGAGCAGUUUGUGCUAUGGAACCCUGCAGUGGGGGCCGAUUGUACUGCCCUGUUGGCUGACACCUACUAUUGCAUCGCAGAUUUUCCAUCUCCUCCUCAACCCCCUACCGUGCCACCGACCCCCUCGCCUGUAUCAGGUGGAAACCCCGCUAACUGCACUACGUGGUACCAAAUGACUGGGUCCGAUACGUGCGAUUCGAUUGCACUGAUGUUCGGGACGUUCUCCAAGGAUGAGUUUAUGACUUGGAAUCCCUUAGUCGGGGGCGACUGCUCCGGUUUGACAGAAUACCUGUGGUAUUGCGUUGCCAUCCCUGGAACGCCAGCGACUCGCACUGCCCCGCCACCAACUGUAACCACAUUGCCACCGGGAACAGAGCCACUGCCUCAACAGACAGGUAUCAGUACCGGCUGUACAAAGUAUUGGCUCGUGGGAGGAGACGAUGACUGCUACUCCAUCAUAUAUGGGAAUGAGAUCUCCGUUGAUGAUUUCUAUGCCUGGAACCCGGCAAUCGGAGCCGGCUGUCAGGGCCUCGAAGAAGGAUAUUUCGUCUGCGUUGGAACGGAUGUCCCUAUGACGACAACGCCAGGCGAUAGCAGCUCUACCAUUAUUCCUGACCCGUCGAGUUCCUCUAUCCCGCCCGGCACGCCGACGCCAGGCGACGGUAGCUCUACCAUUACUGCUACCCCGUCCAGUUCGGCUCUCCUGCCGAGCUCGUCUGGCACGCCGACGACGAGCGAUACUCCUGUCACCACGCCUGACCCGUUUCAGACUGACAUGAUCUCUGGUUGCCGCAGAUUCUAUCUUGUGCAAAGCGAGGAUGGAUGCUUCGACAUUGCCGCCUCCGCUGGAAUCGAUUUAGAGUAA